ACUUUAGGCACCCGUUAUUCAAAAUGCAUUGUCAAUACUUUUUCCAACAUACAUGGAUGUGUGUGUGGUCUCAUAUAUUGUUUAUUCAUUUUGAGAGUCGUAGGAAUGAAAAAGAAAUAAAGACAAGAAAGCGUUUAACUGGGAUAUAGGGAAACGCGUAGCUAAACAAAAAGUAAAGCGGGAAAUGCCCGUUAGUAAAAUUUGAGAUCUGAUAGUGGAGGCAACUUGUGAGUGUGAGCAAAGUCGUGUCCUAUUACUUUAUUGGAUCUGGUACUGCGCGGAGUUCUAAUGUAGAAGUGAAGAAGUGAUCAGUUUUUAGAAGUGUGAUCAGUGAAAAAUUGUCAAUAAAAUGAACGAAGAAUAUAUGAGUUGUGUUAUUUGCCAUGAAAAAUUCCGUAAUGGCGUAGAUAUAUACUGUACAACCUGUGGACAUGUAUUUCAUCAACCUUGCAUACGCAGUUGGCUAGAUCGUGCAGGCACUUGUCCCGAAUGUCGUGCCGUUAAUCCAACUAUUCAUCGACUUUAUUUGAAUGUUGCUGACCCAACAAAUUUGGAAGAAGAAGUCCGUACAUUAAGGCAGAAGACUGAGAGUGAUGCAGAGACCAUUGCACUUUUAACAGUAGAUUUUAAUGAGAGUAAUGCUAAGCAAGGGGAAUUGCAAAAACAAUUAGAUGAAUACAUUAUUAAAUGCAGCAAUAUUGAAUACGAUUGCAAUCAAAAAGUUCUGGAACUAAAAAACCAAUUGGAAGAAAAUAUCAUAGCAAGUAGUCAACAGCAGGAUAAUUUAGAGCGACAAUUGGAAGAAUGCGAAAUUAAAUACGGUUGUAUUGAAAUAGAAUAUGUUGACAAAGAUACACGACUUAGAAAUGAGAUUGAGGAACAUAGAAAGCAACAACUUCAAUUGAUAAAAGAAUUAGAAAAGUAUAUGCAGAAAUGUAGUAGCAUGGAAUGUCAGGAACUAGAAAUCGAAGCCGAAGAUAAAAACAAAGACGAUACUGUAAAUGAAAAAGAAUUACUGCAAUUACAAAUUAAUGAUUUAACAGAUCAAAAAAAUUAUAUGGAAACCCAUUAUACAGGCAAAAUCAAAAAAUUAGAUAUUCAGCUGGAAAUAAUUUUGGACCGUGUCAUUGAGUUGGAAGAUCAGUUGAAAUUGGCUUUUGUGGAAAAAACUGCAUUAGAAGCACAAGUUAAAUUGCAGGUGGAAUCUAAUGAACCUAAUAAUAAGAUGUCGGAAGACAGUACAUGUGACGGACAAAAAUGUAGUGAAAAGUUACAUAUUCAGCUCAAACAAUGCAUUUUGAAUUGCUCUGUGAAAGAAAAAAAAAUCGUCGAUCUAAAUGAGCAAAUUCAAUAUUUAACAGAACAAAGCAAACAAAUAUCAGCUAAACUAAAACAGGAAAUGCUUAAAAAUCACACUCUAGAACAAUCCUUAAAAACUUCAAAAAUGGUUGCAGUUUCUGAGGAAAACGAUUGUGUUGUAGAAGAAAAACAUCAGCAGGCCACCUCUGAACUGAAAAAAUCGAUGGAGUAUAUAACUCUGUUAAAAAAUGAAAAUGAACAAUUACAAAAAACGUUGCUACAUAUGAAAAUUCCUUACAUGUAUGAAAAUUUAUUUAGGGAUAGUGUCAACUUUAUGAAUUUCAGACCAUCCAGCAAUGAUUUUCCGAACUUUUUUCCAGUUUUUAAUAAAUCGCCGAUGGCAACAUCUAUUUUGACAAAUGCCGAAGAAGCAAAAAAUGAGCCGAACAAAAAUGCAUCUUUAAUGUCAUCAAAUGAACAAAACACUACUAAAAACGAAAAUUCUAAAACCAUCUUGUCAUUGUCAAAGGGUUUGCGCAAAUGUGUUUCGUCUGGUGAUAUCACAUUUCCUGUAAUAGCGUCAUCUGAAGACGAAUAUAUAGAACCUAAUACAGCAGUAGUGAUAAAAGGUAUACCAAAACAUGAGAAUCCUGGCAAUUGGGUGAUGUAUGUGCUUACAUUAGCUGCUCAAGCAACUGUUCUGAUAACAGAAAGUGACAUCAAGAGAGUAACCAUAUUGAAAACACAACGUGGCAAUUAUGGUUUUAAGGGUUUAGUGGUUACUUUGCGUGUUCAAUUUCAAAGUACAGCUGUGAAGGAUAAAUUCCUUGAUGUAAGAUCCAAAAUACGUAACAAUCCCAUGUUCAGUACUUUAACGAUACACGAAUAUAUUUCAUUCCCCCAAAAUCGCACGAAAAUGCAAAAUAUGGACCAUAAUCAAAACAAGCCGAAAGCAUUUGAUGAGACUUUGCUUAACCAUGCAAAAUCCUUAAAAAGCAUUAAAUUCUAUUCUGUUUAUUGUAUAAAUAGCCGCAUUUUCACAAAACGUACCAAAUGUUCAAAACCAAUCGAAAUAACAAGUAUGGCACAAAUUGAUGAUUUGAAAAGAGAGUACCACGCAAAGGAAGCUAAUAAGUCAAAGAGGGAAGUACAGAAAGAUUCUCCAAUAAAUCAUAAACCGAAAGCAGCCAAAAAUGAUGCAGGUUCAUCAGAAACUGCGCCCACUUCAAUUUCUUAAAAAAAUCACCAAGAUAGUAUAGUUUGUAGAUGGAUGAAUAACUACAGUUGUUGAAUGCGAUCCAUAAAUCAACAAGUUGACCCAUUGAAUGUUUGAAGACCGCCUCAUAAAUGCUACGCCAACGAAGAGCAACAAAAAAAAUUCAGCAAAUGUUAUACUUAAACUCCUUAAUUAAUUUAUAAGUUACUUACAAUGCUAAUUAAUUAAAUA